UGCAUAUCCAUCGUGGGAUCAUCGGGAGACGAUUUCGGCUCAUUCAUCGGAACGGAUAGCUGUCGGUGCUCCAAACAGUGAUGGGACUCCAGACGUGCAGGGUCGUUUACACCGCACGCGACAAGUGACAGCGGAUGCGCGAGUUGUAAUCGUCGUGACGUAAGGUGCGAGUUCGCGUGAACACAUCGCGAAUAACAACAAUAACAAAUCGAGCCUACGACGAAGCGAAGAAAACAAAAUGUCACGAGCGGCAGCGAUAGCUGUCAAAUUGCGUUCCAUCUGUAACGAGGCCGCGAAAUACGGUAUAUAAACGCGCAAAUGACAAGCCGUAAGAUGAGAACGGGCCAGCCGCGGUCGCGCGAUGGUCGUGUCCUUUAACCGAUACCUGCCGGUGAUCCUACCGGAGAUCGAGGACAGCGAGUCCGGUCGAAGCGCCGUCGUGAACGGGAUCGAGCCGCUGGACGCGGGCUCGAAGCAGCGCGCUUCCUACGUCACGGAUGAGACGGUCGCGAGGGACUGUCAGACGGCCAGCAUCUGCGGCGGUUGCCCGACAACCACGACGACGACGGCGGCGGGUACGACGGCGGCAGGAGCAGCUUCCGUGACGACGCCGGCUGUCACGGUGCCGCUAUGCGUCCUGGGCGAGGUGCAGCUGCGCUUCCUCUGCCCCGACGACCUCGAGGAGGUGCGCUCGCUCUGUCAAGAUUGGUUCCCCAUAGAUUAUCCUUAUUCAUGGUACGAAGACAUUACAAGCUCAUCAAGGUUCUACGCACUUGCAGCGGUAUAUGGUGGAGUAAUAAUAGGGCUGAUCGUUGCAGAGAUAAAACCCUAUGCCAGAUUGAAUAAAGAAGAUCGCGGAAUCUUGUGUUCCAGUCUAGGAAAAAAUUGUCUAGUAGGUUAUAUACUUAGCUUAGGAGUACGUCGCGCAUACAGGAGAAAUGGAAUAGCUUCGUUGCUGUUGGAACAAUUGUUGGCUCACGUUACCGCUCCCGAACGUUCCUCUGUAAAGGCAGUCUUCCUACACGUGCUCUCUAGCAAUGCUCCUGCUAUAUUGUUUUAUCAGAGGUGUCAUUUUCGGCUGCACAGUUUUCUUCCAUAUUAUUAUUCGAUACGGGGAAAGUGUAAGGACGGUUAUACGUAUGUUCUCUAUGUUAAUGGAGGACACGCACCGUGGGGAAUCUGGGAUUGGGUGCGUCACUUGGCCGGCGCGAUGACCAAUCUUGUACCAUGCAGAGUACCGCGUUGGAUAUGGCAACGUCUUCUAUGGGCAACCACCAUUCUUUCUUAUCACAGAUGAUACAUUUUGUGAUUUAUCAUGUUCCAUGUAUGUUUAUUUUUCUUUUUUGGAUUUUAACACUAUAUGUGCAUCAAAGUGCCAUACAUUUAUUCAUUUUUGUAAAAGAUUUAGUUAGCGACAGAAUUCUAUAUGAUUUUAUUAUUAGAUCAGAGCUGAUGCAAAGUUAGAAACAAAUAUUAAUCCGUCAUCAAUGUCAAUAAAUAUCUAAAUUUGUCUAAAAUUUGGGGAAAGCAAAGACUACAAAGUAUCUUAGCACAACUUUUGUUACCAAGGAUUACUAGUUGUUGAAAACUAUUACUAUAACAGUAAUAGUUCAAAAUAUAUAACUGCCAAAAAUAAUUUGCAUGUUAAUUAUCUUCCAUUGUACUUUUAAAAAUAUAGAGUAGAAUCAUUUUUAAUUAAACUUAAAGAACAA